CAGAACCUCAGCCAUGCUGGCCUUCCUGUUCUGUGGCUUGCUUCUGGCGGCCUGUGGCUCUGUCACCUGGACCUUGCCGGAUCCUGAGGAGUCCAGCUUCGACUUAGCAGAGAUCAAGCCAGACCUGGCUGAGAAGAUAAGCGACACCCAUGCCAAAGUGCAGGAGAUCUGGUUGGAGCUGGGACGACGGCGGGAGGUGGAUGCCGCAGAGAUGUACGCAGUCUGCCAGGUGCAGCCGUCAGCCUCGCUGGCGACCGAUCAGCCGCGGGUCACCGGCCUGGUCCUCUUCCGGCAGCUGUCGCCCGGCGCCAGGCUCGAGGCCUUCUUCGAUCUGGAGGGCUUCCCUGCCGAGCCGAACGUCUCCAGCCGCGCCAUCCACGUGCAUCAGUUCGGGGACCUGAGCCAGGGCUGCGAGUCCACCGGGCCGCACUACAACCCGAUGGCCGUGCAGCACCCACAGCACCCGGGCGACUUCGGCAACUUCGUGGUGCGCGACGGCCGCCUCUGGAAGUACCGCACCGGCCUGGCCGCGUCGCUGGCCGGCCCGCACUCGAUCUUGGGCCGCGCGGUGGUGGUCCACGCGGGCGAGGAUGACCUGGGCCGCGGCAGCAACCAGGCCAGCGUGGAGAACGGCAAUGCCGGUCGCCGGCUCGCCUGCUGCGUGGUGGGCGUCAGUACCUCCGCGGCCUGGGCUCGCCAGACACAGGAGCACGCGGAGCGCAAGAAGCGGCGGCGGGAGAGCGAGUGCAAGGCCGCUUAAGGGUCACCCCGGUCGCCCAGCCCAGCCGCCGCGCAUAGAUGCCUCCGCGCGCUUCAGUCGCCUUGAUGCAUCCCAGACAGAUGCCUUCCAGACAUCUCAGGCGCCUCUGAGAGUCUCACACGCUUCCACGCACCCCAGACACCUCUGCAUGGCCCCAGAUGCCUUCACGAGCCACCCCCCCAGUCACCUCUACGCUCCCCAGAUGCCCGCCCCACCCCAACCCAA